GAGUUGCCAGAUUGGCGCCAAAAAGUGCAAGUGACAGCUGAGCGGCGCGGCAUUGGACUUGCGAAAUUGAAUUGGUUUUAAGCGUUUUUAAUGAUUUAUCAAGUUCUACAAUGGGCCGCGACGACGAUAAUGGUUUCAGUGAAUGGGGUGGCUACUUCGAGGCCAAGAAAUCCAAGUUGGAGGAGCAGUUCGCAGCAGCCAGCGAUCCAUUUCGCAAGACCGACUUGUUUCAGGGGAUUUCCAUCUUCGUGAACGGCCUGACCAACCCGUCGGCAGAUGAACUAAAGCGGAUCAUGAUGGUGCACGGCGGGACCUUCCACCACUACGAACGGAGUCACACGACGUUUACGAUCGCCUCCGUCGUGCCAGAUGUCAAGGUCAGGAACAUGAACCUCAGCAAAUUCAUCAGCGCCAAGUGGGUGGUGGACUGCCUGGCGAACGGGAGGAUACUGGACUACAAACCGUAUCUGCUGUACACGAACCAGAAGACCUCCCAGCCGAGGCUCAACUUUGGAAAAACCAAGGACAGCAGUGUAAGUGACAGCAAAAUGGAGGUGGAGCCCCCGAAGGAUGAACUGCAGACGGAGCUGGGUGGGAUUCUGAAGGAGCUGCAGCAGGCGGUGGCCACUUCGCCGGAGAAGGAGGCUAGUCUGUCCGAGACCAAGAUCACCAACUUGUCCAACACGUCGAAUACUUCAACUGUUGCGCGUACCGCCGCAGAUCCUAACUUUCUGAGUGAGUUCUACAAGAACUCCCGACUGCACCACAUUGCCACCCUGGGUGCUGGCUUCAAGCAGUAUGUCUGUCAGUUGCGUCAGGAUCAUGGCGCCAAGGGUUUUCCAAAGAGGCAGCUUUUGCAGUCUCUCGAGAAAUCCAGCCGUAUUGGCUCGGAGCGCUAUGUAAUGCACAUCGACAUGGAUUGCUUCUUUGUGUCCGUGGGCUUGAGAUCACGUCCUGAGCUCCGAGGCCAGCCCAUUGCGGUGACCCAUUCGAAAGGGGGCAGUGCAGCCACCGAUGUGCCCGUGCACCCUCAGGCGGACAGAAAGGCCGAGCUGGAGCUCUUCGCCCAGCGGUUUGAAAAGCAAUUGCACGAUGAAGACAGGGCGGAAAAAGUGCGCUCUGGCUUCGACAAGAAGAUGUCGCUCUCGGAGAUCGCCUCCUGCAGCUACGAGGCUCGGGCAAAGGGCAUCCGCAAUGGCAUGUUCGUGGGCCAGGCCCUGAAACUAUGUCCGGAGCUUAAGACGAUCCCAUACGACUUCGAAGGCUACAAGGAGGUGGCCAAUACCCUGUACGACACAGUGGCUCAGUAUACAUUGAAUAUCGAGGCUGUGAGCUGUGACGAGAUGUUCGUGGAACUAACCGAUUUGGUGAACGAUGUAAAGAUGGACGUUAUGGCUUUCGUGGGGCACCUCAGGCAGGAGGUGCACACCAAGACGGGUUGUCCGUGUUCAGCGGGAGUGGCAGGCAACAAGUUACUGGCCCGCAUGGCCACCAAGGAGGCUAAGCCAAAUGGCCAGUUCUUGCUGGAUUCCAAGCAAGACAUAUUGGCCUACAUGGCGCCCAUGGCUUUGGAGUCACUGCCAGGAGUGGGCAGCAGCAUGAGCCACAAACUCAAGCAGGCUGGGCUGCAUAACUGUGGGGACGUUCAAAACACAUCGCUGGAUAAGCUGGAAUCGGUGCUGGGCAAGAAGCUCGGUCAGAAUUUAUUCCAGAAUUGCAGGGGAAUCGAUGACCGUCCCUUGGCCUAUGAACAGACCCGCAAAACUGUUUCUGCCGAAAUGAAUUUUGGCAUUCGCUUCACGAAGUCAGCUGAGUGCGAGCAAUUUCUACGGCAGCUUAGUGACGAGGUUACCAAGCGCCUAGUCGAGGUCAAGCGCAAAACGAAGUCCAUCAAUCUAAAGAUCAUGGUGCGUGCUGCCGAGGCGCCAGUCGAGACCUCCAAGUAUAUGGGCCACGGAGUCUGCGAUACCAUCAACAAGUCCUCGCUGAUUAAGCAUGCCACGGAUGAUGUGAAUGUAAUCACCUCGCAAGUCCUCAACCUAAUGAAAGAAGCUGAUCUGCCACCCCACGAGCUGCGUGGGAUUGGCAUACACCUCACCAAGCUGGAGGAUGCCCAUGAAGUUAGGAAGGAUAACAUCCUCAAGCAGAUGUUUGUUAAGUUGUCAGAGAUGAAGAAAGAUAAACCUGAGAUGGAGAAACCACCUGCUGAACCUAAGCCAAUACCCCGGGAACCCAAGAAUGUGAUGACUAUGUUGACGGCGGCAGCAGGGGACAAAAAGUCGUUAAACGAUGAUAAAGGUGUUCAAUCUUCUGCCGACAAGCCACCAGUAGAGGAAGUCAGGCCCAGGAACGUGAUGAGUAUGCUCACGGCAGCAGCGGCGGGAAAGAAAUCGAUAAACGGGGAUAAAGUUCAAAAAAUACCUACUAAGGCCAGCAAUUCUGAGCUUGAUGAGGAAGUUUUGGCUCAGCUGCCGGAGGAUAUACGCCUCGAGAUCCUUGCUCAUAAGAAAGAAUAUCUGGAAAUGGAUGAAAAUGCUGUCAAGAAAGCAGUACCUUUCCAGUUGGUUACGCCUUCAUCGCCGCCCUUGAUGAAACGCAGCCGCUCACCCAAUGUGAGUCCCCUGAACGCCAGUGAUCUUAAGCCUUCUACUUCUCGGGCAGCUGUAAAACGUAUGCAAAGGCGUAAGGAUCGCAAGGAACAGGCGCAUUGCAUCCAACCAGACCAGGUGGUGGCGGACUAUAUCGGGACACUGGCCAACUACGUGCAUCCCAAUAUUCUGGAGUACAUCUCCCGGCCCGAUAACGAAGUGCCCGACAUCCUGAUGGGGGCCAACUACAAGAGCAUGCUGAACGAAUGGGUCAGCCGCGAGGAGGUGCCAAAGCCAACGGACGUUGAGAUUAUCCACCAGCAGAUAUCCAAAAUGAUCAAGAGCGAAAAACUGAAUCACAUGUACGAUGUGAUGAAGUAUUUGUGCCGCAUCAUCAACAUGAAGCGCAGCAGCUCCUGCUGCUGGCACCUAGCUUAUAGGCACAUCGAGGAGGAUAUUCAGCAGCAAAUGCUGGAGGCUGAGGGCUACAACCUUUGCUUCAUCGAAAACAUUCGCUGCAUGAAGUGCAUGUAAUUUUUGGGGACAAUGUGAUAGGAAUAUCAGUAUUUUAAAAUGUAAAAGGUGUAAACCUUUUAGGGAUUUCUUGAGAUAAUUUUGUGAAGUCAUGUGCCUUUUCAUUUUGCCAUUCAUUUGAGCCAAACGAAACUACUUGGAUUGAAUCCAACACAUUUAAUUUCCGAAGGGAAAGAUUAUUAUUUUUAAUAAAUGUUAUUAAAUUUAA